AAACAAUGUGAUGAUUCAUGAAUUUGAACAGUUAAGAGUAUCAGGAUUGAUGACAAAUGCACCAUACAUGUUGAAUGUAGACUGCGACAUGUAUGCCAAUGAAGCAGAUGUGGUGCGACAAGCAAUGUGUGUAUUUUUACAAAAGUCAAAGAGUCCAGACCGUUGUGCUUUUGUUCAGUUCCCUCAAGAGUUCUAUGAUUCUAACUCCGACGAACUAGCCGUCGUACAAUCAGUAGGAUUUGUCCUUUUGGCUUUCAUUUAUAUUUUUGGUCAAUUCAGUGUACUUUAUCGACUACUAAUUAAUCUUUUUUUGUUAUUUUUCUUGUUGAAAUUAGUAUUUGGGAAGAGGUGUUGCAGGAAUCCAAGGACCGCUAUAUUGUGGCUCAGGAUGCUUCCAUACUAGAAGAGUUAUGUACGGUUUAUCUCCAGAUAAUUUGGAAAAUAACGGAGAUCUUUCGUCGUCUGCUACAAAGUUUUUGGAUGAGGAUAGUUUAGCGAGGAAAUUUGGGAGUUCUAAAGAGUUGGUCAUAUCGAUUGUGGAAGCAUUACAAGGAAAAUCAAAUCCCAAAACUAGCCUUACAGACUUCAUAGAAGCGGCUCAAAUGGUGGGGCAUUGUCACUACGAGCACCAAACCAAUUGGGGGAAAACUCUCGGUUGUUUAUACGAUUCUGUGGCGGAAGAUAUGAACACAAGUAUUGGAAUCCAUUUGAGAGGAUGGAGUAGCUCAUACAUUUGUCCGGAUCCACCUGCGUUUCUUGGAUCUACGCCGUCGGUGGGAUUUGAGGCGAUAGUACAGCAGCGGCGAUGGGGGACGGGAGCGAUCGAAGUCCUUUUUAACAAGCAAAGUCCGUUAAGAGGAAUGUUUAGCAGCAAAAUAAGAUUCCGACAACGAUUAGCUUAUCUUUGGGUUCUAAUGUGUCUAAGGUCAAUCCCUGAGCUAUUUUAUUGUCUCUUGCCUGCGUAUUGCCUGCUUCGCAACACGGCCUUAUAUCCCAAGGGACCUUGUCUAGCCAUAACUGUCACAAUUGUGGCGAUGCACUGCCUCUAUACUCUAUGGCAAUUUACCAACAAUGGUUUUUCAGUACGAUCGUGGUAUGUCUCCCAGUCACUUUGGAGGAUUCUAGCCACUUGUGGUUGGUUAUUUAGCAUCCAUGAUAUCCUACUUAAACUUCUUGGAAUCUCGAAUGUCGGGUUCGUAGUUGCUAAAAAGACUACCCCAAAGACCAUGCCAAUAUCCGGGUAUGAACCAAUCCAAAGACAAGAUGAUGGUCCAAACUCAUGCUACGUACAUAAAUUUGAGUUUGAUAACUCGUGUCAUUUCGUUCCUGGCACAUUUAUUAUGUUGGUGAAUAUGGCCGCUCUAGCCAGUAACUUUGUGGGUCUACAGCGGUCAAGUUGUCAUCAUGAAGGAGGUCGUUCGGGUUUGGCAGAGAAUUGUGCAUGUAUUCUGGUGAUUUUGCUGUUCCUGCCAUUUCUAAAGGGUUUAUUUGCGAAGGGAAAAUAUGGCAUCCCGUUGUCUACCCUUUCCAAAGCUGCCCUUUUAGCAAUGAUAUUUGUUGUUUUUGCUGUGGGAUAUUAGUUAGCUAUAUGGUAUAUUAUGCAAAUAAGCUAACUUUAUCAUGACAUUUUCUCAGUUUAUAAUUAAUGAUGUUUAUUCUCUAUUA